CUACUUUUAAAAAGAUCAACCUCACCUACCUCAAUAUUCACCUACCGCUUGGUUGUCGAUAUGGACUCAACGCUGCCUUCUGCACAGAACGCCUUGCCUGACAUUCUUGGUCUUAUUUUCGACCGCAUCGAGUAUGGCAAGAAGCUGAAGAACGAGUAGGAAAAGUUGGAUCACAGAAGAGUGGUUGAUACCACCAAGUCGCUUCUCUCAAUUGCGCAGGUCUGCCGCUCAUGGAGAACUGCUGCGCUGCCUUACUUCUACCAAAGCGCUGAGAUGCUUCUCAUGCCUGUAUCGGAUGAAACCCGCUAUUAUCCAGAGAUGGAUUACCCAGAGCUCUCUAUGGCAGCCGCUGCUGGGCACAGCCAACUUGUCCGCUCAGUAUACCUCUUUCUGUCGCUUGACCAUAUUGUUGACGGCAUCUCCACCACUAUGCUGAAAGCUGGCGCUCUUUCUGCGGCGAUCUUCCCAAAUGUGACUGAGCUCGUGCUCUAUUUCAACAGAAGCAACGUCUUUAUCCAAGGAAAAUAAUCGGAAGAAGUC